CCCACUUUAAAAAAAAUUACAAGGCCUCGUUUAGGUAAUAUGGAUCUGAAUAUUAUAGCCUAGACCUCUUUUCAAACAGACCUUAGCUUCACAUUCCUGGUUAACUCAAAUUUUAUUUUCUAAAUCUUGAUGUUACAUUGUUACAAGCUGCAUGUUUCAACUCAAAGAUGUCUUAUCUAGGACUUCUUCCUGUGUCACUGGUCCUACUGGCUGCAAUCACUAUAGGUGUCUCCUAUGUCAUAGCUGUUGUCAAUCAUGAUGUUAGUACAGUAUUCCCUUAUAUAAGUGACACUGGGUCCAAUAGACCAGAAAGUUGUAUAUUUGGACAGUUCUUAAAUAUAGCAGCGUUCUUAGCUUUCAGUACCAUGUAUGUUCGCUACAAAGCAGUCGAGGCGAUCUCUCAUCGCUCCAAUGAUGACCACAAGUUACGGAGGCUAAAUAAAGUAUCACUUUUCUUCGGUGUAUUGGCAGCACUGGGCGUUUCUAUAGUUGCCAACUUUCAGGAAGGUACCGAUGUUGAAAUAGUGCAUAUCAUCGGUGCUGGGAUGACCUUCAUUCUCGGCGUCUUGUACUGUUUUCUUCAAGCCGCUCUGUCCUUUCACAUGUGUCCUGAUUACAAUGGCCGCUGUAUCUGCACCAUACGACUUGCCAUAAGUCUCAUGUCAUUAGUGGCUCUAUUAUUGACUGUUAUUUCAGCAGCCAUAGCACUAAAUGAAUGGACAUCCAAAACGCAUUCACCAAACAAGUUCAAAUGGCUACCAGAUGAUCCAGGCUAUGCUGCUCACUUGGUUAGUACAGUUGGUGAGUGGGUGACGGCCUUCACGUUUCUUUCAUUCUUCUUCACUUAUGUCCGAGAGUUUGACAAGUUUGAGCUAGAGAUCCGAACACGCCCCCUCGUGACACACUUGGACCAGCGGCUGCAAGAUUCUGACAGAGAGGAAGUGAAUGAAAGAACAAAAUUGUUGAGCUAGAAAUCUUGCCAAAGAUCAUGCCAAUAUUCAUCUGGACAUUUUAAAUUCACCCCAAUUUUUAUGUUUCAUUUCUAUUAAAGUUUAUCUUAUUUCUUUGCAGAUGAGGUAAUAAUUAGAUGUGAAUCUUCCAAUGUAAAGAUUGGUUUAGUGAUUUUUAAGUUUUUUAAAAGUGACUCUGACCUUUUUCUGGUGUUUAAAAUUGGAAAAAAAAAAUGAGGGAAUAUAUUACCGGUGAAAGCCAAAGAUCAUUUUUAGAUUUGUACAUUUGCCAUUUUUAAAGGCAUGGGUUCAAAGAACCUUGCUAUUCUUUAUUUCCUAAACCAUCUUGUUUAAUAGUUUUAUGUAAUUAUUCAAUUGUGUAAAGUUUCUCAUGUAUUUUCUUUUUUUCUUGUUUUUUUAAAAAAACAAUUUUGAAAAUUAAAAUGUAAAAUGACAACGUCAAAGAAUGUGUUCAUUUUAACCCGAGAUCUAGAUGUACGUGUAGGCUGCUGUUCUAAUUUGUUUCUCUGGGGAACUAGAGAAGUAAGAAGCGUCCAAUGGAAUCCACCGGAAGAAAGAAAUGACCAAAUAAUUUUUUUAAAAAGUAAAGUUCCCCUUUCAGACCUUGCGAUCUAUAAGGCAGAUUCUAUAAAUAAACAAAACUAGCCAAUCAUGUCUGUCCUUGUUUCAGUUCCCCUGAAAAAUGUACUUCCUCUUUUUAUCAACUCAAAAUUGAAAGAGUUUUUUUAGCCAAAGAAAAAUUGUUUCAUUUUAUUUAAUCUUAUAAUAUAUAUACAAAAUGUACAUUUUUAUGAAAUAUUUUUGUAGCUCUCUACUUAAAACUAGUCAUUAAGGCUAAACAUUUGACUCAUCAAGUAGGAAUGUACUUGUAGCUUGAGGCAGAUUUAAAAAGUUGACAUAAAACAGGUCCAACAUUUUGGACAUCCCUUAGUCUUGUUGAACCAUUGGGGGCACGACACAUGAAUAUUUUUCAGGUUUUACCAAAAUAUGUCAGUAUAAAAACCUGGCCUCAAUCUUUUCAAUGACAUUGCACUAGACAUUGUGCAACAUGAACAGUGGUUUUCAUCUAUUUUUCAAACCAGCUAUUGAGAAAUUGUUUCUCCAGCUUAUCAUUUACAUUGACAUUUAUUGAGCUUCUAUUUAAAAUGACUGCUGCUUUAAUGUUAUCGUUGGCUGUGAUGUUUAUUAUGUAUUACAAAUAGCUUUGAACAAGCAUCCAUGAACAGUAGCGUCCAGUUUCUGAGUGUUCAGUCAUAACUCAUUCUUUUUUUCACAAUUUCAUAUCCUGAUGCCAUUAUUUUACAUCUGUAUUCUUAUUUAUUUAAAAAAAUAAACUUAUUUUCCUUAUAAAACACUUUUUAAGCACACAUCUUUUACCUGUUGUGUAGUAAGUGCUUCAGACUGUUGUCCCUAGUUCAAAACUUGCCAUCUGCCUUGCUGUCCUGCAGGAUGUUAAGGCUAGGACAUAAUAAUCUUCAUUUUUGAAGGAAUGUCCUAAAUUGUUAAAACAAAAACAGGAAGUCGCAAGUUGUGAUAAAGUUGAGGAAUUUCCAUUUUAGGUUUUGAACUUCUGUAAGAAAAAUAAAACAUCUUUUGGUCUGUUUAUUUUUUUAACAGAUAUUUAGGGUAUCAAUUCAGUAUUUUGUUUCGUCAUGUUACCAUUGUUUUUACAACGCCAGUUAAGCUUCAAAUGUAUUGCUGCUUAUAAUAGUCUGCAUCAAGAUUGAUUUUUGACGCCAAUUACUGAAAAUGUCCACAUUCCAGCGUAGUUAAGUGAGAGCUACCAACUUUUUCUUUUCAAACGCAAAUUAAACAAAAAAAACUAAUUUUUAAAAGUUCCCCUUUCGGACCUUGCAAUCUAUAGGGCAGAUGAUGUAUAAUUCUGUACUGUGGCCCAUGAUUAACUUAUAGAUAUCCAUAAACCAUGAGUUAUUUAUAUUUUUAUUGCCUGGUGUUAAAAUUUUCUAACAUAGAUUUAUAUUAAUUCUCUUAUUUCAUUUGUUAUCAGGCAUGAUAGCCCCAAAGUGAUUGUGACCUAUAUAUUUUGUCAACAAACACAUUGGCUACGCUGUUUGACUAUUUAUUAUUUUGUUCAAAUUUGUAUUUUUCAUGUACCAUGUAGACUUAUAUCAUUUGAAACCAAAAAAAAGGUUCCGGCUGCUACAAGAUUUUGUCAAUCCUUGCGUUAUGUUAUUUGGAGUGAGUACUAAUUACUGCUUGCUCAUUAAUUCAGACUAUAAACAACUUUUUGAGCAGCAGUGUCAGUGACAAAAUAUUUCAUUUAAUAUAAUCCAGGUUGUUUAGCUUAUAGGACUCUGUGACUGGGCAGUUUAGCUAAAGGUUUGUUACCUUUUAAGAUUUUAAGGCUACUCCGGUGUAUUAAAUCUUGAAGGGUGUCGAUAUCAUAGUUGCUUUUUUUUUUUAUGUUUGUGUAACACAUGAGAAUGUGUUCACAACAUUGUUAUACCGUUUUGUUUACAAAGGGUAAAUUAUUAUUUGAUCUAGUUAACUACCCAUAAUGCUCUCUCCAGAAGCUUGAUAAUGUCUUCCUGCAGUUGAUGGAAGUCCUUUUGUGUAAUAGUUAUUACAAGUUUUUAUGCUGUAUGAAGUCAAAUAUUUUGUAUUCACUAUAUCAUGGCUGCCUGGUUGUUUGGUAUGCACUCUGGGCUGUCAUUCAGUGCUCUUGAUGGUCCUGAGUUCAAACCCUGCCCGCUGCCAUCCCCUAUCAUCCUGUAAGAGGUUUGGACUGCAAUUACCUUCAACUCUGCCAUUAUCUUCAAUUCUGAAGGAACAUCUGAAACAUGUAAAAUAAAUUUUUUUUUUUUUACGAACAUGCCAUUUUAUGUUUUCAUGCCUUGCUCACUCUAUUUACCUUCCGGUCUGUUUACCUCUUUAUGUCUCUCUCUCUCUCUGUACUUAGACAUUUCAGAUUUCUGUUUAUGUAUAGAUAUAUAUUUCUUUCAUUUUUAGCAUUCACAAACAAACUUUGAACAUUUGUUUUGGAGGAUAUUUUUGUUUGUCUGAUUCAGCAGCAUGUAGAUACAUUGCAUUUAGUAUUUCAUUUUAUUAACUUGCAAAUUACCUAUGUCCACAUAACAAUGAAUUAAUGUUCUGUGACUUUACAAAAUCAGGCGUUUGGAAAGGUCAACAGCAAAAAAAAAACCCUGAUAAGUUACUUAUAACAGGGUCACUACUACUGAGCAGUAUCUGUUAGUCUCUAAUUAACUCGCAAGACUAGUUUGACUCAUGCAUACACGUUGGAUGUAAUUAACUUCUUUGAAGGAACAUUUGUAACUCAUGAGAAGCAGAAGAAGCAGUUUGUUUGAACUAAAUGUCAGGAGCUCAGAGACAUUGACUUGUUAAGUUUAAAUUGAAACUUUUUCAAGUGACUUAGGGUUUUUUUUUAUCACAUGCCACAAAUGUUGAUUGUUUUAUGAGUAGGCUGUGCUAUAAAAAAAAAGGAUCUUUGUUGGAUUGUUACUUUUUUUUGUAAAAAUUUCUUGGAAAAUCUGGUCACCAUAAUUCAAGUCAUAAUAUUACACAUUGACUGUCUAGGGGCUAUGCAUUGAAUUACACACUGACUGUCUUUUGGACUACAGAUUGACUAUACACACUGACUGUCUUUUGGACUACAGAUUGACUAUACACACUGACUGUCUUGGGACUACACAUUGACUAUACUCACUGACUGUCUUGGGACUACAGAUUGACUAUACACACUGACUGUUUUGGACUACAGAUUGACUAUACACACUGACUGUCUUGGGACUACACAUUGACUAUACACACUGACUGUUUUGGACUACAGAUUGACUAUACACACUGACUGUCUUGGGACUACACAUUGACUAUACACACUGACUGUCUUGGGACUACACAUUGACUAUACACACUUACUGUUUUGGACUACAGAUUGACUAUACACACUGACUGUCUUGGGACUACACAUUGACUAUACACACUGACUGUCUUGGGACUACACAUUGACUAUACACACUGACUGUCUUGGGACUACACAUUGACUAUACACACUGACUGUCUUGGGACUACACAUUGACUAUACACAAUUUUUAGGGCUUAUAUGUUAUAAAUAUUUACUGUGAUUGACUGAUAAUUUUUUUAUUUUUUUUUAACUGCAGUAUCUGCAAUCAAGGUGGUUCUAUAAUUAUUGUAUCUGUAAUCAAUGUGGUUCUUUAAUUAUUGUAUCUGCAAUCAAGGUGGUUCUAUAAUUAUUGUGUGUUAUAACCUCCAAUGUGAUGAUCACACAGAAACAACUAGACUCUAGACAAUGAUUGUGUGUUUAUAUUUCCAAACAGUGACAAUUUUUAUAUACAUUCAGACUUAAAAUACAAUUUCAACAUGCUAUGUACACUUGUGACAUUUUAAUUGCUGGUGUUCAAAAAUGACUUUAUAAAUGAUUUCAGUUGAUGUAGAUUUUUUUGGCUAGAUUCUAUUUAGACAUUUUUUGUCUGGCUGUAAUAUUUAUUGCUUGAAAUAAAUGUUUCAAUAGUCACAA